AUGCCAAUGCUGGCCCCUCCUCCUAAGAGCCUCCUCGGCCGCCACAGGCUGUUAGCCCCCACGGCCUCAGUCCGCGUGAGUCCCAUCUCGCUCGGCGGCAUGAGCCUGGGCAACGCCUGGGCAGGCAUGAUGGGCGAAUGCAGCAAGGAAACGGCCUUCGAGAUUCUCGACACCUACUACGAACUGGGCGGCAACUUCAUCGACACGGCCAACGCCUACCACGGCGGCCAGAGCGAGCAAUGGAUCGGCGAGUGGAUGGCCAAGUCACCGGGUCGUCGCGCCGAGAUGGUCGUUGCAACCAAGUAUACCCUCUCGCCUAUGACCGGUCAGGGCGUCAUGGAGAGCAACUACGGCGGCAACGGUACCAAGUCCAUGCACAUCUCCGUCCAUAACAGCCUGCGUAACCUGCAGACGGACUAUAUCGACGUGUACUUUGUGCAUGCGUGGGACUUUUCUACGGAUAUUCCUGAGCUCAUGCAGAGUCUCAACAACCUCGUCGUCCAGGGCAAAGUGCUGUACCUCGGUAUCAGCGAUACCCCGGCGUGGGUAGUCACCAAGGCCAAUGCCUAUGCGCGCGCCCACGGACUCCGUCCUUUCUCUGUCUAUCAGGGACGAUACUCGGCGCAGGCCCGCGAUCUGGAGCGGGAUGUGAUUCCCAUGUGUCGCGAUGAGGGCAUGGCUGUCCAUGCUUUUGGGACCUUGGGUAGUGGAUACUUCAAGCCCCCCAGCGAGCCGGCCAAGGAGGGUGGUCGCAACACCCCCCAUAUGACCCUUGGGCGUGAGGAGAAGGUGUCGGCCGUGCUGGACAAGGUUGCCCAGCGUCACAAGGUGCCGCUCACUUCGGUGGCUCUGGCAUAUGUGCUGCAAAGGACCCCCUAUCUCUUCCCCAUUGUUGGUGGCCGCAAGGUCGAGCAUCUCAAAGCCAACGUGGAAGCCCUCAGCCUGGAGCUCACGGCGGAAGAUGUGGCGGAGAUCGAGACCGGGUAUGACUUUGAUCUGGGUUUCCCUCACAACUUCUUGUGUCCGUUUGGAUAUGCGCCGAAGGGACCUCAAGACGUUGCGUUCUUGCGUGGAAUAGGUCAUUUUGACUAUGUUGCUCCUACUCUUGCUAUUCGACCUCACAAGGGUUCAGCAUAA